AUGAAAUGUGUGGACAAAGCCCGGCAAAAUGGAGGUCUUGGAGGGAAGAGCAUUGCAAACAUCCACGAAGUACUAUACUAUGAUGAUGGUGGUAAUAGGAAAACGAGGAUUAUCACAAUAAUUCAAAAGCAUAUCAGAGGCCUGUCUUUUGCAACUAUAAUUUUAUCUGACCAAGCGAAGCCAUGGGGGGAUGCUGCAACAAAGGACGUUGCAUGUGUAACUGCUGCGUCUCUUGCUGUAUGAACAUUAGACAUGUUUCCAACGCUAUCUUGCGUGUAUUUGAGAAUCUACCCAUAAUUGGCCACAUAGUCAGUGCCAUCUAUAUGUGUUUACCAUGGGGCAAUAAGUCCCAAGCUGAAAGGGCGGCUCUUAAAGCGACCACUGGGCUUCUACCUCCAAUAAGUCUCCUGGGAUUCAUGUGUGAAUGGUGGGAUGAAGUUGGGCGAAAGAAAUCACCAAAAACUGCUACAUUAAUGUUUGAUGAUAGAACGGAUUGGAUGGGGAACUUCCACGAUGUUAGGAUGGAAAACAUAUGCCUCCCGGGAAGUCAUCAGUCUGCCACGUAUAAGGUUGACAGAAAACUAAACAAAUGUCUGCCCCUUGUAGAAGGUUGGUCCCAAUGCCAAAAUCUUUCUAUCACCGAGCAGCUUAACGCCGGAAUUCGUUUUCUGGAUUUGCGCAUCAUGUCCCACGAAAAUGACGUCUGGUGCCACCACAACAUCAUUAGAUGUGUUACUUUAAAAGAAGUUGUAGAAGAUGUAAAACAAUUCGUGGACCUGCAUCCGUCUGAAAUUGUAGGACUGCAUAUAGUGAAUGACGGCAAAGCACUAGCAUGGAGUAAAACAAAUGAUAUAAUACGUAACAUAUUAGGAUCAAAAAUUGUCCAUCCAGAUAACAUGGGCAAAACGCUAGGGGAGAUCACUAGGCAGGGUGGGAAUGUAAUACUAUUUGGUCUCUAUGAGGUCAAUGACCGUUGGCCUAAUCUUACACAUUAUUGGCCAAACAAGCAGUACCCACAUCAGCUUUCAGAAGACAUAAAAGAAGCGUAUGACUACUGCAUGACCAAUCGACAACAUGACCUUAUAUGGUAUAAAGCUGAACUCACUCCCGACGCCUACAUUAUCGCAAGGAAUAUCGGCAACAUGGUUGGUGUCGUAGUCUCCCGUUGUGCCGAUGAAAAAUUUGAAUUUUUAGAAGAUAUGGCUCACGCAGCAAAUCAUAGCGUCUUAGAGGCGAUGAAAGAAUGGACUUAUAUUCCAUUUAAUAUGCUCUGUGUGGAUUUUGUUGAUGAUAAUAUCAUUCAAAGAAUCAUUGAGAUGAACUAUGCUCAGGCUCAUCAACCGAGACCCGGGGCUGCUACUGCAAACUAUUCUGUUUUCUGUGAAUCAAAUAUUUAGCCGAUUUCAUACUGAGAAUUCUAUUGUUGCGUUAUUCUUGGGUCCGUUGCGAUUCUUAGCUGAACUUUGAUGAACCUAUCAUGCAGUCUGUACUUUUUAGUAUGGGCUAGCCUAGUUCAAAGGAUUGGCAUUAUGGCUCAGACAAAUUAUCCACGGUAACCGUACGGUGGUCGUAGCUUCCCAAAAUCGAGAGAAAUAUGUAGCAUAAAAUUAUAGCAGAACGAUGUAGAUUUCCAUAUCGAUUUUGUUAGCUACGGCCAUCGUAUGGUUGCCGUAGAGCAAAUGUGAC